UCACGGGCCCCGCCGCCGCCGGGCCGGGCCCGCCGCCGCGCCCCCUCCCGCCCCUUCUCGCUCCUUCCCGUCCCCCGGCCCGGUGUGUGGGAGGCGCCGGGCCCGCUCGGAGGAACGCCGACGCGCUCAAUGCCCAGGGUGUUCUGUUGGAAUAUACGUCGUACAUUUAUGGCGAUUCUGAGUGUGAGGGCAGACUUCUGCCAGGCCCAGCACAGCAUCCUGGCUGACAAGUGAGCUGAGUGCAGGGGGUUCUACGUGCCAUAAUUACUUUGCCUUGCAGACUCCAGACACAGCGAACACACUCAAAUAUAUGGGAUAUCUUCUGGACACUGGAAGCAUAUUCCUUUUACUGACUCUAGCAAAACUAAGCAUCAAGAAAACAAAGUGGAGAGAAAAUCUGCCCUUACUUUUUUGCCUCACCAGUGCCUAAAUGUAGAACAGGCUGCCUAGUCUUGCAUGUAGUCAGAAUUUUUGGAGUCUGAAGGAUACCACCUGCAGUAAUUGAGGCCGAAGUUGAAUUCAAGCGGAUUCUGAAGCAAACCUGCUUUUCUAGAAGCGAAUUCUUUAAGGAACAAACACGUCAAAGCAAGCUCUGAUCAAUCCCAGGCAUUUUAGUGGUCUUUUUAAUGUUUUCUGCUGUGAAACGUUUCCAAGGUUAUUGAUUUUUUUUUUUAAAUUUUAUUUUUUUGGCCCCUUACACAUUUUGUUUGCCAUUAUGAACCGUCCAGCCCCCGUGGAAAUUACUUAUGAGAAUAUGCGUUUCCUGAUCACUCACAACCCAACCAAUGCAACCCUCAGCAAGUUCAUAGAGGAGCUGAAGAAGUAUGGAGUGACAACCUUGGUGCGAGUUUGUGAUGCCACUUAUGAUCAAGCUCCUAUCGAAAAAGAAGGAAUCCAGGUUCUAGACUGGCCAUUUGAUGAUGGAGCACCACCUCCAAAUCAGAUAGUUGACGACUGGCUAAACCUGUUGAAAACCAAAUUUCGUGAAGAGCCUGGAUGCUGUGUCGCUGUUCACUGUGUUGCAGGGUUGGGAAGGGCUCCUGUACUGGUUGCACUUGCUCUCAUUGAAUGUGGAAUGAAGUACGAAGAUGCAGUUCAGUUUAUAAGGCAGAAAAGGAGGGGAGCUUUCAAUUCCAAACAGCUGCUUUACCUUGAGAAAUACCGACCUAAGAUGCGAUUACGCUUCAAAGAUGCCAACGGUCACUGCUGUGUUCAAUAAAAAAAAAAUCUCAAACGAAGGCAGAAGUUAGCAUGGCUGUUUUCUGGACUCUUGGCACCUGGAAAUGUGAAUCUGGAAUCAAACUACGUCAUCAAAUUAGUGGUGGAGUCAGUGCUCCUCAACCUCUGUCCUAAUGGUGGUGAUGAUUGAAAAAAAAAAUAAAAAUAAAAAAAAAAUUAAGAGAAACAUUUCAGUGAAGGAUUGUUUUCUCCUUAAGCUGCAGUUUGAACACCUGCAAGGAGAAAAUCAGUUUCUGAACCUUCUGUAUUUUUCACUUUUUAAGAAAAGAAAUAAAGUAAAUUUUAUGUCUAAGGAAAACCAGCAGAGCAUUGGCUUGUGCAGAAACUAUUUUCUUGAUUUGAGGAAAGUACCCCACAGUUAGGGCCUGAUACAUUAAUCCUAUGGGACUCUUU